AUGGAAGGAACGUCGUCGCAUUUGAGUUGGGCUCGCGACCUCGAUUAUGUGCUCAAUGAUCGGCCGGCUCUUGACGCGUUUCGAGAAUGGCUCGUCGAAUAUUCAUCAUCAAUUUACCUCGACUUGUAUUUUGCGAUGCGCGCCUACGACAAAAUGGUAGCGAAACGGGAUCCGAAGAGCUUCGAUCUCGCCAAAACCAUUUAUUCCAAGUUUAUCUCAUUGCGAACGGGUAUAUGCGAUGCGAUUCCUUCCAAACUCAGAGCACAGAUUGGUGAUAAUGUGAGAUCAAUGUUUGCCAAUGGCCACGAUGCGGAUCCAAGACUGUUUCAAGCAUGCCAGUCACCUGUCGAAGAUUAUCUAAGAAGGCAGCAUCAACAGUUUGUAUGCUCUGAUGAAUUCAUUGAGGCUUUUAAUAAGGUGGCCAUCACUGAACUUCAAAGCAGUAGUAACAUGAAUACGUUGGAUCGUCGGCGAUCGAAUGCAGCUCGACGGAAUUCGGCUCAAAUGGCGCCGCAGCUCACUGCCGAAGCGUUGCUCAAAUCUCGCCACAAUCGUCAAACGACGCUAGGAACAUUGUAUAGGAAACUCGAAAAGAUGUACCCGCCGACGCGUCAGCCAUACGUUUGCAAUGCAACGACGAGUCACAACGAUUCGGCGGUGUCGUCGUCGUUUUCUGGCGAUACGCCGGCGGCCCAUCGAUCAUCAAGGACUCGUCAUAUGCGCGAUGAGCAACUUCGCGAGAAUCCUCCAACAUUCACAUUACCUCGUGUUGAACAUUCGAAAAAUGAGGGUCAACAAUUUGACCAUUCUUCUGAAUCAGGAAGAAAACAGUUUGUGAUGGCUGUUACGAAGAAAUUGUAUCGAAUAAUCGACAAAAUGUCGAUGAACGAUGAAACUGAGAAGAAAAUCAACGAUAUUGAACAAUGCAAAUAUACGACGAUGGAUAUGGUAAUUGGCAUAAAUGCUGAAGAAAGUAUGGGUAGAAUAGACGAGGAAGAAGAGCUUGAUGAUUAUUUGAAAAAGCUGAAAGAUGAUUCUCAACGAGCUUCUGCAACGAGGUCGCCUCACGUCAACUGUGAUACAUUUUCUCCAACGAGAGAAAGCAAGCAGCAAGCAGCGAAUAAUGAUCGCCUGACGCGAUCAAUGAUUUCCUAUUCCUCAUCAUCGUCGUAUAGUAGGAAUAUGGAUUUUAACAAUAUUUCUUUGGAUACUUUUGCGCCGCCGCCGAUGAAUCAGAGUUUUGGAUACACAAAAGUCAAAGACAGUGGAAGCCAACUGUAUGAUUCAUCUGGAUUCGGCUCAAUGGCUCCGUCGGCAUUCUCGGCGUCGACAGACUCGUCGCGAGACCGCAUCCGUCAUAUUCAGUCGCACAAGUUCCCGAACGCGAUUCGAAGUACACCGCGAAAGCAGAAAACUCGAAGCGACAUGUCGAAUUUGAUCACAAUUUCAUAUAUCGAUAUUGACGGUGUUCCCGUCGUCGCACAUGUUCCGAAUAACGGCGCGAUGACUCUCGGCGAGUUUCGCCGCUAUUUUUUGCUAUCCGAAAGCCAUCAUACGCAGCUUUUCUUCCGAACGGAUUGCGAAGACUCGAGUGCUCGAUAUCAGCUGCUUCUCAUCAAGGAUGAGGAUGCGCUAUUGCCAAUAUUUGAGGGUCGAAUCACCGCCGAAUUGCGAUGA